AUGGAGUAUCAAGUUAAUGCAGAUACCAUCAUGUUCAUAGAAGAAAUGGUGAUGGACAGCAAACUGCAUACCGUGGUUUCUAGAAGUGUGGCCCGGCGGGAGCUGUACCCUCACAGCCUGCAGUUCUACCUGGAGCCCCCCACGGAAAACAUCUCUCUGGUGGAGUUUGAGAGCUUUGCCGUCGACCGCCUGAGGCUGCUCAAAGUAGUUGAAAACCUUGGUGUGAGCUAUGUAAGAAGCAGUGAUUUGUACAAAACUAAGCUGGAGGCUGAGCUCCGGAGACUUAAGUUUCCCUACAAAGCUUUGGCUGAAGAUGAUUUUGAGGCAAGAAGAAAAGAUCACAUCUCUCAUUUCAUACUACGCCUUGCUUACUGUCAGUCUGAGGAUCUCAGGCGUUGGUUUCUUCAACAAGAAAUGGAUCUCUUGCGAUACCGCUUCAAUGAACUGACUGACUGUUUAAGACAGAAAUUCCUAGAACACGUUAACUUAUCUUUUGAAGCUAUUAGUGAAGACCUGAAAAAUGAAUUGGCAAAUGAGCUGCAAGCAUCAACCCCUAGCCUCGGUGUGACUAAAGUAAGAGAACAAAUGUUCUAUAAGGUUGGACUUGCAGAUGCUGUGGAUCUAUUUAGAGCCAGAAGAGUUUUUAUUAAAGAAGGCUUUGCAUACGUGCCACUUAAGGAGAUUGAUGCAAUUGUUUUGAAUAACUACAGAACAAAGUUAUCUAAAGCGCUGGCGCUGACAGCACGAUCACUUCCUUCCAUACAGUCUGACGAGAGACUACAACCUCUGCUUAGUCAUCUCAGCCAUUCUUACGUUGGCCCAGAUUACAGCGUGCAAAAGAACACUGGAAAAAUUUCUCUAGAACAGAUCGAUACUCUUUCUGUGAGAUCAUUCCCUCUUUGCAUGCGCCAGUUGCACAAAGCCCUGCGUGAUAACCAUCAUCUCCGUCACGGAGGCCGUAUGCAAUAUGGACUGUUCUUAAAAGGCAUUGGCUUGACUCUGGAACAGGCAUUGGAAUUUUGGAAGAAAGAAUUUAUCAGAGGAAAAGUGGAUGCAGACAAGUUUGACAAAGGAUAUGCUUACAGCAUUCGCCACAGCUAUGGAAAAGAAGGAAAGAGAACUGAUUAUACCCCAUACAGCUGCAUGAAGAUUAUCAUGUCCAAUCCACCAAGUCAAGGGGAUUAUCAUGGGUGCCCAUUCCGCCAUAGUGAUCCUGAGCUAUUGAAGCAGAAGCUGCAGUCGUACAAGAUCUCUCCCAGUGGAAUAACUCAGAUCCUGGAAUUGGUGAAGGGCAUGCAUUACCAGUUGGCCUGUCAGAAGUAUUUUGAGUUGACGCACGAUGUUGAUGACAUUGGGUUUUCUUUGAAUCAUCCUAAUCAGUAUUUUGUAGAGAGUCAAAGGCUAUUAAGCGGUGGUAGAGAACCGAAGAAGGAACUAAGUAACUCAGGAAACUCUCAACAAAAGAAUAACAGUCAGGAAAGCACGAAUUCAAAUUCUACUCCCACCUCUUCAAAUACAACAGCUGAUGCAGAACUGGAGGGACUGGAGGCAUACUUCACCGAAGACUGAGCAGCUGUGCUAUUCGGGGUUUUUUUUGUUUGCUUUGGUUUGUUUUUUUUCUUUCUUCAAUUCUUUCCCUUCUCUAGCUGAAUUUGUCCCUAUACUAAGGAAUAUGCACUUCACUACCUGGAAGACACAGGCAUUUAGUGCUUUGAAUAGGCUGAAGGAAAGAAAGAUACUGAAGCUGUAAUUUCAUCCAGUACUUACUCUUGCUGCUUUAGGAUGCUGUUUUACAUGGCAUGUUGAAGGAUGGGAAAUGAAAGUUCCUUCCCAAUUAUUGUGUUAUUUUU